AUGCGUUCGAUCUUCUGCUGCUCAGAUAUCCAGGGAUAUAGAAACCGUUAUCUGUCCCACGAAUCCAAGUUCGAAACAUUCAUGGACUGGGCAAAAUACCCCAAAGCAAGUGACACGGGUACUCCGCCGUCAGCGACCAACAUCACAUUCGCAGUUCAAGUUGUCAAGCAAACGAACUAUGGCCCACUGGAUAGCAAGAGAUAUUUUGUUACCGGUUCCGACGGCACAUUCGCUGAGGUAACUGAGCAAUGGCUCAUUGACGCGGACUUCGAGAAGGUGAACACGUACAAGAACUUCAAGUGUGCGGCUCACAACAAGUUUUUCGAAGUCAACAUCUACCAGAAGAACCCAGUGGAUGAGCACACCUGGCGUACCAACAUCGCGAGACCUGCGGCUCAGAUAGAUUUGUGA